UUUAUUGCAACCUUCGGCGGGCACACACUAAAAGAACAACACUGGGAUACGCCAGCAUCCAGUGACCACAACGGUCACCAAAACCUUUUCUGCAAUUACCACAUUCAGGUAGUAAUCGCUUUGUUACCUUCCAUAGGCUCUCCUACUUAUGACUUCAUAGUGUCAACAGAACAGCUUUUUUUAAAACACAAAAACAAAACCUAUGAAAUGGAGUGAGGACUGUAUGUGCUCAGUCAUACAUUUCUUUUAAUAUAUACAGAAAUGCAAACAACACACCCAUGUGAUUCUGUUCUGUGUCUAAUCUUUCCUCACUAAGCAAUUUAUAAGAUAUUUAGCUAGCUGUGGCUCUGAGUCCUACUUAAGGAGUGGGAUGGGAGGGAGAGAUGAAUAAAGAGAAAAGAAAGAAACCCAGGAUCUCAAACAUCUGAUUCUGUUUGGUUGAUAAGGCAAGGUGGGACCCAGGGAUUCUUGAGCUUGGGAAAAAUCACUACAGCCUCACCCUCCUUUUGUAUGCACCUCCAUACUCCUCUCCAGCACUUCCAAACGAUCCCAAGAAAGACACACUCCCAGUGACACAUCCAGUCAGGGUAUCUUUCUACUAUCUCUUGAAUCCCCCAGGGGAAUCUCAUGCAUCCAAGCUGGAGCAGUCCCUGCAGUGAAAGAACUCCUUGCUGGGAAGCUAGUCCCUAGCGCGCUGCUUCCUCUCCUGGAAACUCUUCAUGUAAAUGACAUCUACUCAGCCCUGGGGUUUGUUCCCGCAUCUGGGAGCCUUCCCUUAACCCUAGACUAGGCGCAGGACUUGAUUGUCUGCUUAAACGCCCUGUCCUUCUUAUGUGUAAUUGUCACAUUUGUCAUACUUGUUUAAUAUCUUUUUCCAUACUAUUUUACAAACCCGAAGAGGUUGGUACCAUACUUGCCUGAUUCAUUUCCGUCCUUCCAAUUCCUAAAACAGUGAUGGGCAUGUAAUACGUGCACUCUCAAUAGACAUUUGGUGAGGGAAGCCUAAGUAAGUUAAUACAGGUGAAGUGCUCGGUUUAAUUCCUGGCACAUGGCGGUGCUCACUACAUGUUAGCUACAGGUGCUGUGAAUCACGCACAUAUCUGUGCAGUCCUGAAGCCUAAACCCGUUGAGCAUAGUUGGUAGACUUUGAAAGAAUAUCAACUGCCCCCAAUCCUUAGAACAUUUCUGGCCUGCCAGUUCUCCUGGUAACCUGAGCUUGUCAGUACAUAAGGCUCACUAACCCCUGACAUUCUAAAAAGGCAAAACAGCUUUUAGAUCAGAUAAGACCAGAUAGAGAGUCUCUGCUGCUGACUGCAACACGCUGCGUGCCUUCUUCCUCCUCACCUUCUCAUGGUGAUCUGAAACCUUGUUCUUGAAUAUCUCAUGACUCCAGCUCUUAAGCUAAAUGAUAGCAUUCUAAUUUUAGUUGUUUUUCAGCAGAUAGAUUUUGUCCUGCAGUGUGUCUAACUGCUGCUGUAAUGAGCCAUCGUGCUGCUGAGUUCUAUGGUUAUAUUUAGGUUGGUUCCCUGAGUGAAGGCUGAGCCGUCUCUUUUCAUUACAUUUGUAUUUACUUUCAAACUAAACAAGAACAGAGUCUGGACUGGACCAGAAGUUGUAGGGGGCUCUGAAGUGUUUUCAUGCAACAAACCCUAGUUCGUUGCUAGGGGGGAUGAAUCUGACCACAUUUUUUAAAAAAAACUUCCUAGUGAUUCCAGAGGAAAUGGCUGUGAAACCACUAAAUGAUAUCGUAUAUUCUAGGACUUUUAACAGAGGAUUCGGUUUAGUUCAAACUAGCCAGGCAUAAAGGAAGCACUUAGGAUAAGUUUGAACUAAACCAAAUCCUCAGUUAUAAGUCUUGGAAAAUAAGGUAUCAUUUAGCGGUUUUGCAGCUAUUUCCUCUGGAAUCACUAGAAAAUUUUUAAAAAUAAAGUGGGGUAUGAUUCAUCCCUUUCAGCAACAAACUAAGGGCUGUGGUAUAAAAACACUUCAGAGCACCCCACAAAUUCUGAGGCCAAUGGAAGCGGGUAGGGGGCUCUGAGCAAUUUUAGCAGGUGGUGAGAUGAUCAGAUAAGCUUGAGGGAGGGUAACCCCGCGGUACCUUGAAAGAUAGGUUGGGGAAGUGGAGAAAGACAGAAAAGAGAUCCAUACAAGAGCAGGCUGGUGCUCCAGUGAACGGGUCCCAAGGAUCAGAACCAGAGGAGUAGCAAUAAGAAUGGAUACCUAGAGGAGAGAAGGUGAGGAUGGAGAGUGAGACCAGAGAGAGAAGAUGAGGAUGGAGACUGGGACCAGAGAAGAGGAGGUGAGGCUGGAGAUCAGGACCAGGGGAGAGGAGGUGAGUCUAGAGACCAGGACCAGAGGAGAGGAGGUGAGGAUGAAGACCAGGACCAGAGAAGAGGAGGUGAGGAUGGAAACAGGGACCAGAAGAGAGAUGGUGAAAAUGGAGACUGGGACCGGAGGAGAGAAGAUGAAAAUAAAGACCAGGAUGAAAAGAGAGAAGGUGAAGAUGGAAACCAGGACCAGAGGAGAGGAGAUGCCUUGAACCUCCGAAACCGACAGGUCAUCUGUGUCACUCUCAAGGUCCUCCAGCAUCUGGUUGUGUCAGCUGAGAUGGUGGGCAAGGCCUUGGUGCCUUAUUACCGUCAAAUCCUCCCUGUCCUGAACAUCUUUAAGAACAUGAACGGGUCUUACUCUUUGCCCAGGCUGGAGUGCAGUGGCGCGAUCAUGGCUCGUUGCAACCUCGACCACCUGGGCUCAAGUGAUCCUCCCACCUCAGCCUCUCAAGUAGCUGAGAUUAUAGUGAACUCCGGAGACGGCAUUGACUACAGCCAGCAGAAGAGGGAGAACAUUGGGGACUUGAUCCAGGAGACGCUGGAGGCCUUCGAGCGCUACGGAGGAGAAAAUGCCUUUAUCAACAUUAAAAAGAAGGAAUGUGGACACAGACCCGCAUGCAGGGAGAUGCUGUGUGAAGAGGAAGGCAGAGACCAGGAUGAUGCUUCUACCAGCCAAGGAACACCGAAGACCACCAGCCACCUCCGGGUGCCGAGGAAGAUUGCAAGAUGCCUGGUCUUUUUCUGGAAGAGUAAAAUAAGCCCUGAGAAGAGGGGCAGGUAUAGGAGAUCAAGAGAAAGACAAGCUAGCAUCGAACACUCGACUUCUCAUUUCCACCUUUUGGUUAGACUCACUCCUUUAUUCGAGUCAUCAGGCCCACCGAGUGCCUCGGUCCAGCUCUGUCCCCUCUCCAAGCCUUCUGGAGCCCACCCAGCCUCUGAACCCUGGCUACUGCCCUACCCCUGUGUGGCAGUGGCUUCCCCGCCACGCACUCUCUCAAGGCCUCCAUUGCCUCCAGCCUGCGAGGUGAUGCCCUUGCUCCUCUGCCUUGAGAAAGGCCUGCCCUGCCAUCGUUCCUAGCAUGUGUCUGGUCUCCUACAGGACCUGGUGUGACACCCUGUGACCCAUAACCUCAGCAAGGGAAAGGGGGGCCGGGGCACUCGUUCUCUCUCUAAGCUCCCUGUCACCAGAUGUCAAGCCCUAACCCCAUCCUGCUGCUCUGUGGAUUCCCUUUCUAUUUCCUUCCACUUCCUGUGUGGCGGGGACCUUCCUUUCCUCUUUCUUUCCUAUUCCUAGCUCCCUUGCUCCCUGCUGUAGAAUUGAAUCCCAUCCAGUUCUGCAAUAAAGCCAAUUUUUUAGGGUGUCCACUGAAGCCUCUAAAUGAUGAGACAUGUCCCAUCGACUUUCUGAGACUCCCUUCCCUGGGGCUGACUCCUCAUCCGUCUCCCCUUCUCUCCUGACUUGGUGGUGCUAGCCACACUCCUCUAUCCCUGACCCUGUCAAUGUGGACAGACACCAUCUCUUUAUGGGAAUGUUACUUUUUCAGGGCUACGAUUAGACUGUCUCUCUUUUUUUUCCUCCUGGUGGGAGAGUCAAUUAUGCAUCAGAGUCUAUUAAUCUUAUAAACAGUUAUGGAGCUGAAGAGGCUGAAUCAAACAGCUGAGGCUUUCAAGAAGUUGGAGUACCAGGGCCAUUAUUAUAAUGAAGUUCGGUGAUGUAUAAUCAUGUCUCUGGGUGACCAGGCACAAUUCUUUAAGUCUGAGAAAUGUAAAUGAUGUGAAUUUUUUACAAAGUUUACAAAGCAGCCUCUUCAAAGCUUGUGCUCAUGGCCACGAGCCCCCAGGUCCCCACUCGGCGGGGAGCACCUCCCUAAGCCCUAUCAGCCAGUCUCUGGCACCCUCAUCCCUGAUGGGCUGGCAAAUUCAACGGACUACAAGGCACUUCCUCCUCCUCCUCCUGUCCUGCCCACACAGGGCCUGGGAAAGAGGACAGCUGGGCUGUGGAUGCGAUUCUGUCCUCUUCUACUGAGACCUGUUUGUUUGUCUGUCUCUUAAAUUUGGUUCAGUGGCAUAAAAAAAGAGAAUUUAUCUUUCUCCCCAGAUGCAACAAACAGAUGCUGGGGAGCAGAGACCUUGCAU